UUGCCGCUCAAGCAGGGCACAAGAAGCCCGCGACCGUGAGCCCGAGAGAGAGAGCGGUGUUUGGCGUUCUGCGUUUGGUCAUGGCGUCCAGGUUGAUGUGGGCUUCGCAAGCCGCUUCCUUCCUGAGGAUCUCUCUCUUUUCUAGAGCUUUCUCCACCGUUAUUAAAGAUUUGAAGUAUUCUGACACACAUGAGUGGGCAAAAGUUGAUGGCUCUUCAGUGACAAUAGGAAUAACUGACCAUGCGCAGGAUCAUUUGGGUGAUGUUGUGUAUGUUGAAUUGCCGGAAGUCGGUGCCAAUGCAAAGCAGGGAAAGAACUUUGGUUCAGUUGAGAGUGUUAAGGCAACCAGUGAUGUAAAUUCUCCUGUUUCUGGAGAAAUAGUUGAAGUCAACUCUGAGCUAAAUGGUUCUCCUGGAUUGAUUAACGGAAGCCCAUUUGAAAAGGGUUGGAUUAUAAAGGUCAAAAUGAGCGAUGCGGGAGAACUAAACUCGUUGAUGGACUCUGAACAGUAUUCAAAGUUUUGCGAGGAAGAGGAUGCUAAGCAUUAAGAAAGUGGGUCAAGUUUCUCGAGUCGGAUAAGAGUGUUUCGAAUAAUCUUUACAGUUUCAAUUCUCCUUUUGCAUUGGUAAGGCCAAUGAGAAAAUUCCUAUAACAUUUUGAGCAAAAACUUGCCAACUAGUUUCUCAUUCA